AUAUUGUAAAUGCUUACUACUCAUGCAGCCACAGAUAAUGUGAUUCUUCCAGGGUCAUGGAAUAUAAGAGUCAGUGCACAGGUCCACGAAGAUCCUUUAUUUAAAGAUGGUAAAGCAUGCACACUGACCCUAUAUCAGCUCCAAAGAAGGCUGUCAAAGAUGUGCAGCUUCGUACAUUUUUGCUUCCACAGAGUUUUUAGAUUAUCUGUAAUCGUUGUUAAAGACUAACGCUGCCUUUUCUUAAAUGAGACAUGCUGGUUGGGCUGCGUUUCCCAUAAUAUAAUUCUGAGUAUAAGUAGGUUUGCAGUACACGUCAGCUUUUACUGAUGGAAAUCUCACAGUCUAAGAAGGCUAACCUGCCACUUUUCAUAUCCUCCCACGUGAAUUUGAUGUGUCAGUCUACCUAGAUAAUGUGAUCUGUGAAAUGUGGUAUGUCCUGAGAUUUGAUUUUCACCCAGGUGUUAUCCACAUACCUGAACCAAUGGCUGGCAGGUUCAAUACCUGAAACCGGUGUCACACACACUGUUGUCGUUGAACCUGCUCCUCUGCUUGUCAAUGUCCAGCUGCCCUCGGUUCAGCCAACUUUCCAGCCUUCAGCUCAGUCUUCUACUCCACUACCUGCUUUACAACCCUCACUACUACCUUUAGCUCAGGUUGCAGCCCAGUUAUCAGCUCAGUCAUUAUCUCAGUUAUUAGUUCAGUCUCAGUCUCCAGUGUCCCCGCUAGCUCAGGCUCCUGCUCAGCAUCCUUUAGUUCAGUCUCCUGUGUUGCCACUAGCUGAGUCUGCUGUUCAGUCUGUAGCUCAGCCACCCUUUCAGCCAUCAUUCUCACCCAUCCAUUCUGUGCAGGAAGAAAGCCUCAUUAUAACCCUAGGUGAUCUCAUGGAACUGGCUAGCUUAGAGACAGUAACUCCCUCAAGGGCCUCCCCAGAGGCUGCGUUCAGCCCACAGCUGAUUCUGGACCCCUGGAGGCUAAGAAGCAAACUGAGGACUGCACCGUGUUAUCGCUGCCUGGGCAGAGCCAGUGCCCUGCACGGCUCCAGCUACCUUCAUGUCUGCCACAGGACCUUGUGCCUGCUGUGCAUGCCCAUCCAGCCUUUGUCACCUGCAGCGCCACCACCUGCGGCUCCCACGGCGUCGCCUGCAGUCUCCUGCCUUGCUCACAUCCAAGCCAGUGCCAGCGUUUGGGUCCUCUCUCACACACACCACACGUCUGCCACUGCAGCUGUGACAGCACUAAGUUGAAAAAACUACAGGUUGACCCCUGAAAUCCACACAAGUUACGUGUUAUUAUAUCAAAUAAGCAAAACCAAUGAAGUCCUUGCUGUAGCUCGUCUUGAUGGAAGUACUGGACAAAGGAUGAUGAAGGUGGAGCUACCCUGUCUGCAGGGUCUCCUGAUUCCUGUGAAGGAAUAUGAGAAGGAACUGUGUGCUAAGAAACUCAAGCAGAUCGCUGAGAAACGUCUGUCAAGGAAUCCAGGUGAUGGCGAGGCUCUCGCUCUGCUGGGUCAGGUGGCCAGAGCUGAGGGCAACAGGAAGGAAGCUGCUGAGUUUUAUGAGGAAGCUCUGAACUGUGACAAGGACAAUGAAGAGUACCUGUCUGCUCUGUGCGAGCUGCGCCUGGAGCUGCAGGGAUCAUCCUCUGAUUAAUCAUGAUCACUGCAGCACUGUUACAUCAUACUUCAGCCCGCUGAAUGUGGACUUGAUCCAUGUGCUUUAAGAACUGCACAACUCUAACAAAUGGGCCCUUCAUACCUUUCUGUUAGGUAUUAAAUUAUGAACAACGAAGAAUUACACACAUCAGGGCCACUUUUAUUGGAUGUUUCAGACAUGUGUGGUGCUGGGUGGAGCUCUGUCAUCAGCACCUGAAAAAACUGAGUUUAAAAAUGGUGUUUAGUGAAUUCCAUUAAAUUAAAGUCACACUUAUGCUGAAGACUAAUUCAGACUAGUGCUGGGCCAUAUCAUUCCGUUCAUGGUAAUACUGGCGUGAUGUUAGGCAAUGAUAAGAAAAUGAAUUAUCGCGAUAGAAUAUGGGUAAAACACGCAUGGGCAGUGCCUUUGUUUUCAUACGCACAUGGCGGAAAAAGCAUGGCAGGAACGGAGAAAGAGAAGAGCGAAAGCGGAUCGUUGAAUGAAACAGAUGAACCAGAAUUGGUCUGUAAAAAUGCUGCAACUUCAGUGAUGUGGAAAUGGUUUGGCUUUUGUCCGUCAGAUACCCAACAAAGCAUAAUUUUUUGUAGAACAUGCAAGCAGGCUUUCGUUGUUACCGUGUUUUUUGGAAAAUAAGGCACUCUUAAAAUCCUUUGAUUUUCUGAAAAAUCGACAGUGCCCCUUAUAAUCCGGUGUGCCUUAUGUAUGAAUUCUGGUUGUGCUCACUGACCCCGGACUGAUUUUAUGUAGUUAAAAUCAGUCCGCUCAAAAAUCCUUCAAAAAAUGUUUUAGUACGACUUUGGUAAGUCGGUAAGUGGAUUGUUGUAGCAUUACAGCUGGAGCCUCGUGUAGUAAUACAUACUGUGCUUCAACAUAAUGUUACCGUAUCGUGUGAAUAUAACCUCUUUUUAAGUUCUGUGGAUAUUAUAUAUGGUUAUGCUCAGGACAUGUCUGCCCAUUUCCACUGGAAAUUCCUUUUGGUUAAACUGUCAGCCAGGAAUUUGCAGUUUUAAAUUUAUAUAUAGCUUUAAUGCACAUAACAAACUGCUGCUUGUUUAAGUGGGGUUUUUUUUGCACUAGUAAAGUCAUGGAGUCGUGAAUUAAAUUAUUUAGUCUCAGUAAGAAAAAUAAAUAUUACUGUUCAGUCAAAAAUGCUAUCUUGAAAGUCUAAAUGUGCAGCAUAAAGGUAUCGCCAAAUGAAGAAAACAACAAGAGAAAAGAAAAGAAAACAGUUUGAAGAACAAACAAAAACAUAUCUGAUAAUUCAGAAUCAGAAAGGGUUUGUUGCCAAAUUCAUUUGCACAGUCAGCCCUGAUGCAGUUUAAUGCUCAAUGGAUUCUUAAAAUGUGACUCAUCACUGUGUUGAAGGUUUGAAAAUGAUUAAGCACAGAGCAGCCUGCUUCAGCAGAGACAGACAGCAUGAGGACAACUACACCCUGUCCUCAUGCUGUUCACACAUAGUCCCAGGGGUAUUAGAAGCUGUGCCAAGUGAAGUGAGGUGAAGGUACUGAAGGCAGUUUUUACAUGUGUUCAUGCAGAAACAGGAGGAAAGAAGCACGGGGACAGAUUUAGACAGGGUGAUAACAGUGAAGAUGCUUUUUAAUGAAGUGUCAGAAAGCUUGGUCUCAGUCGCAGGUCAACAGGACAAUGACUCAAAACACACAGCUAAAAACACCCAAGAAUGGCUAAGAGGAAAACAGUGGACUAUUUUAAAAUGGCUGUCUAUGAGCCCUGACCUCAAUCCUAUUAAGCAUCUUUGGAGCUGAAAAAUGCUGACUGGAAAAGGCGCUCUUCAAACCGGAAACAACUGGCGCAGUUUGCUCAUGAGAAGUGGGCCAAAAUACCUGCUGAGAGGUGCAGAAGCCUCAUUGACAGUUACAGGAAUCACUUGAUUGCAGUGAUUGCCUCAAAAGGUUGUGCAACAAAAUAUUAAGUUGUGGGUACCAUCAUUUUUGUCCAGGCCUGUUUCAUACAUUUAUUUUUUAAAAUAGUUCAUUUGAAGCAUGGUUGAAAAGCAAUGUCUGACUUUCAUUGGUUAAGAUUUAUAGAAUUUUUAUUUAUUAUUACUUUUGUCAGAUUAAAGUCAUUUCUGUGACCA